AUCUCAACAUACAUACAGACGUAUGUGAAAUAUCUCUGAUCAAAUCAACAUACCAUGGCAGAUCCUUUCACAAUAAUAGGUGUUGUCUCGAGCAUCAUCACAUUCCUUGAUGUUGGUUAUAAAACAAUAAGGUUAAUUCGCGACUCUGGCAACGGUACAUUACCAGAAGUUGAGACAUUCGAGCUUAUCUUAAAAGAGAUCCAAAUGCGAUGCGCUGAUAUCAAACAGAACGGAUCUGGAGCUACAACUACGUCAAAAUAUGAAGCAAUAAUUAUUGCCGAAGCUAAAAAAUGCGAGCAACUGGCUACUAAGCUGUCCAAAAUUCUCGACACGCUUAACAAGAAACGGAAUACGCUGUUGGAGGGCGGCCGGAUUGCUGUCCAUUAUAUCUUGAAGAAACAUAAAAUAGAAGAUCUGAAUGCUGAUCUGAAAGUUAUCUACGACAGAAUGAUGAAAAAUGUGGGAUUGGUUUUACAACAGGAUUGCAAUUCUUCAAUCAUGUCUGAGCUCAAGUCUCUUAAAGAGUCCCAAAAUGAACUUAAGAUCUCCAGCGACAAUGAUUUAGAUAAUAUAUUGACAGAGAUUCUGGGAUACACAGUCGAAACAGACGCCGAAUCCACAGAAGUCGAGCGGAAUCAUUUGAGAACAUGUCUCAGUUCACUUCGAGAAACAGCCAACAAGGAACGACAACAGUUCAAAAUCAUUAAGAGCCUGUAUUUUCCAGAAUUUCAUCGUCGAUGGGGCCAAAUUCGGGAUGCUGAGCGGCGUACGAAUACCUGGCUGUUUAACGAGAGUGAAACGAAUUUUGUGAACUGGCUAGAAUCUGGGAAUGGCAUUUAUUGGAUUCAAGGCAUGGCUGGUUCGGGCAAAUCGACUCUGAUGAAAUUUGCAGCUGAACAUCCGAAAACACAAAGAGCUUUGAAGCACUGGGCUCUGUCUGCAGAGAUCUAUCAUCCCAGGUUUUAUUUUUGGAAUCAAGGUUUUGAAAUGCAAAAAUCUCAGAACGGCCUCCUCCAAUCCAUUCUCUACCAGAUUCUCAGAAUAACUCCAAGUAUCGCGACCCAGAUCUGCCCGAGCCGUCUCAGCUAUGAAGGGUGGCAAAUCAACGAACUCAAGGCCACCCUCAAGCUAGUGCUGGAACAAAAGAAUCUUCGAGCAAAAUUCUGCUUCUUCAUCGAUGGCCUUGACGAAUACAACGGCGAUGAGGAAGACCUUGUCCAAAUUCUGGAGUUCUUUGUCAGCAAUCCUAAUGUGAAGAUAUGUGUUUCCAGUCGACCAAGAAUAGUUCUAGAUGAGAGCUUUCAACAACGCCGACAUACUUUGAUCAUACAGAACUUUACAGCAAAAGAUAUGAAGACGUAUGUUACACAGAAACUAGAACCAAAUGCAAAGUUCAAAAAGUUGCAAACAUCUAGCCCUUUUGCCUGCAGCGAAAUUAUCACACAAAUUGCAAGCCAGGCCAAAGGAGUGUGGCUCUGGGUCUUUCUUAUUACUCGCGAUUUAAUUAUCGAGGUUAAUAGAAAUGAAGGUAUCCCUACCUUACAAAAGGUCCUCCAUGACUUUCCCGAAGAUCUGGAAUCGUAUUUCAGACGCAUUAUCGAAAAGAUAAGGCCAAAUCAUAAAGAGGAGAUGGCACAAAUCUUUCUUCUUACGAUUGAAGAAGUCCAACCUUUACCUCUAUUUGUUUUCUCGCUGCUUGACAACGAAAAAAGUGAUAUGGAUUACGCAAUUAAGGCUCAGAUAUCUCCGCUAUCUCUGAACGCUGUUCAAAUGGUUGACAAGGAUUGGAAGGCAAGAAUCCAGAAUCGAUGUGGGGAUCUUGUGAUAGUUGGAUAUGAAGAUCAUCCAGUCUUUUUAAGUCACCCUGUGGACUACCUUCAUCGUACUGUUGGCGACUUUCUUCGAGAUUGUUAUCACGAGGAACUUACGAAAUUGGCUCCUGACUUCAAUCCACUUGUUUCAUUAAGCAAAAUGAUGCUCUUUUUGCUGAAAGGAUUGCCCGAGAUUAGGGUUCAAGAGCAGGAAUCGAUCACAAGAAUGAUUGGGAUUGUUGAUGAGCUACUGUACUAUGCUCAUGAGUCCGAAAAACGAGAUCAACAAGCCAAGUCUAUCUUGGUUGAUGUGCUCGAUGAGCUUGACAGAGUAAACUGUCAUCAUGUUCGCUCCAUUAGCAAUCACUGGACUCACAUCAGAGACUCUCCUACUAGUCGAGGCUUUGAUGAAUAUCGAGAGGGAGGAAAUUGUAAUUUCCUAGCACUGGCUGUCCAAGCACGUUUAGUGAAAUAUGUUCGUGGAAAACUACAGGAUAACCCUAAGCAUUUGAACAAAGGGGGUAGGCCUCUGUUGGACUACGCACUACGACCAAGACGAGUCACACCUCUUGCGAUGCCUUAUCAUUCCCAAAGAGACGAUUCAAUUGUGGAUCAAGAUAUGGUGCGGUUGCUAUUAGAGCAUGGGGCCAAUCCGAAUCAAAGGGUCUAUCUCAACAAUGGGUGGACAGUCUGGGAAUUAUUUCUCGUGUCAUGCUAUGAGACAACACAGAGAAGUAAGCCGUCUUCGUCGAUUAAGGACGCUUGUUAUCGGGCAAGUGAGAUAUUAAUCUCCUACGGCGCAAGUCCUACGCAUUCUUUUAACAUUGGACCCGAGUCUUUAAGCGUCCCAUUAGUUCUGGAACGUGUAUUUGGAAGAACUAAGGCCGUCAACCUUCAAAAGCUUCCUCAAGAACGUCGCCAGCUUUCACAUACAAAGGGUUGGCUCUCAUGGAUACCUAUCAUUGGGUCAUUUUCGAGGUAAUCCCAGAGGCAAAUUUGGACAAGAGGAUUCGCGUAUCAGGCGUUAUGCUGUAGUAGACGAAUUGAAAUGGUUUCAAUAAGUCUCAACUUUCACUCAAUUACUUAAAUGUUCUUAACUUCAUAGCAUGUUGAUAAUACCAUUAGCUAAUCCACAAACUAGUCAAUUACGAC